AAUAGAUUUUUUCUACCAAAUUUUGUAUUACACUUUUACCAUACUAUGUUUAAUUAUUUUAUAUCGUUGUAUGCACUUUUGAUUUUUGAAUUAAUAAUAUUUAAUUUUAAAGUUUCUAACUUAUAGAUGAUUAUUUUAGUUUCUUAUGAUGAUGCAAGGAAGCGAUUAGUAGAUGCUGAAUUUACAUCUACUCUAAAAACUGAUGCAGAACAUAUACACAACCAGCGACCAAAACGAAAAUCGAGGAAAAAUAAAAUUAUUUCUGAUUCCUCAAAGUCUGAUAAUAAUGAAGAAACAGCACACGAUAAAAUUCCAGAACUUUCUAUGUUAAGAACGCUAACAAAAAAUAAUAAUACCUUACUGAAAAGACCUAUAAUCACUCCUUCCAAACCAUCAACAUCGACAAUUGUUAGUGCUUCAAAAUCUAUAAUCACUCCUUCCAAACCAUCAACAUCGAUAACUAUCGGUGCUUCAAAAUGUACAUCUGCUGCAAUUAACUCUCAAAAGUUUUCAGAAAAACCAGUUAAUUCUUCGCAAAAUAUAGUCAAAACUACAAUGAUUACUUCGGAGUUUGACGAAUCAAAUUUUUCUUGUCUCGUUUUAACAAAAUUAGUAAGCAUAGAAAAAUCUAUGAACUUACUUCUUCCGAUGCUCAAACAACUCUUUGCACAUUUUAAAUUAUCAAACAUAUCCCAUGUAAAAAAUGUUCCUGAAAUGCCAGUUGAUACCGAUGAGAAGUUGAAAAAUAUUGAACAAUUUUUAAAAAUAAGACAAAAUUUUGAAUAUUUAGUGAAUGUCUUAAAUAUAUCGGGUGGUACAACAAUUGCCCAAAUAACAAAAAGAACAUUAGAAAAAAUAAUUACGGAUAAUUAUGGUAAGAACUUUAAUUGGGCAGGAAGAGCACCCAAAAAGGCUUUCAAGGUUUUAAAAAUAAAAGAUUUGACCAUAGCUAUUGUAAAAAGCGUCGAACCAAACGCUGCAGUGAACAAAAUUGAAGAUUCUAUAAAAGAUUGGCUGAAGAUGUCAUCUGUUCGUAUUGCCUUAGCCGAUACUAGGACGUUAAAAAAAAAUUUGUCAGCAACAACAAAUGAUUAAAAUAAAAUAGAUGACCUAAAUUCUCAUUUUGCUCCAUUCGCAGACAUUCAAGCUAAAUUAAAGAUAUUUCUAAAUGCAAUUAACGUAAUUAUCUCAUGUCUAACUGUUUUUAUGAUUUUGUCGAGAUGUUGUAAACCGACACGCACGAGUGCAUCUUGUAUCAAAUAACAAGGUUUAAAGGAUUUGCAGAAAUAAAACUCCAAAAAUCCGUUUUAGUUUUAAUACUUUAAAACUUGAAUUUAAAACCUAUAAAUAUUAUUUCAUUGCAGAUUUAAUCGCCAUUUCAACAUUGUUAUUUGUUCGAAAAAUUGUAUCGCUUCCUUGUAAUGCGUCAUA